CGACCCCAAAAGGGAAAAGCAGUAGAAAAUGGAUGGAUGGAUGGAUGGAUGGAAACCACCGUGCUCUUAGGAAAACAAUUUUGUAACAUUGGCCAGAUUUCUGCCUUGCAACAAUUGUGUCUCUGAGCUCCUUGGGCAGUUCCUUCGACCUCAUUUUUCUCAUUUGCUCUGACAUGCACUGUGAGCUGUAAGGUAUUCUAUAGACAGGUGUGUGUCUUUCUUAAUCAAGUUUAAUCAGUUUAAUUAAACAAAGCUGGACUCCAAUGAGGGAAUUUAACCAGCUCAAGGAGGAUCAGAACAAAUGGACAGUGUGUGUCACAGCAAAGAGUCUGAAUACUUAUGACCUUGUGAUUAAAAAAAAAAAAAAAGGCAACAAAUUCUACUUUUUUUUUUUUUUUUUGUCAAGAUGGUUGCAUUUUUUUUUUUUUACUGAUUUAUAGGUAAUUUGUGAUGAAAAUUAUUUAAAAAAAAACAACCAAUGCAGGUAUAUCCUUUCUCCCUUAUUAAACAUGACCAAAAGGCUACAGGAGGCUCUGACUUGUUUCUGUUUUGUUUAGGAAACGUUGGACCAGCAGCGAAACAGUGGCACUAUUCUGGAGGAGACCAACAGUAUGCUGCAGCCUUUUGUGCUACAUUAGGAGGGGUCAAGGGAUGGUGAUGGACUGGCAAUGCGGGACCCUCAACAGGAAGAGGAAAAAGCUUCUAACAUCCACCAUCUUUAUGGAGGAGUAGAAGACCUUUGCAGAGACAACCGUAGAAGUUUGAACUCCAUGUCCAAGAGCGAUAAGGCAAUGCUAGAAAACAAGGCUAACCACACAACAUAUUUGGCACAAUUUGUACGUUUUCACUGAGGAGUUUAUUCACUUUAACACCUAGACUCUAGAAGUUAUUUCAUUUGUCUCCCAUCUUAGCCGAUGCCUCAGGGGGCCCAGAAAGCUCUCAUUCUGAACAGGCCUCAAUGGACUGCGCUGUUCGCUAAUGUGCACAUUUCUUCAUCGACACACUGUUGCUUCUGUGUGCAAGAAUAACGGAUGCUGAGAAACCCUAAUAAUGGCGCCGACGUUGCACAUUCCACCGAGAAUUGGACACAUGUGACUCUGAGGAAGAACAAAUAAAAUGUGGUAGUUUUACCUAAUGGUGCGGCUAAAAGCAGCGGGUACGGAAGUGGUUACAGCCCUGUCAACUAAAUUAGCGAAUCAUGAAGAAUUUAUUUAUGAUAAUAGCAGGGACUCGUUCAGAAAACAAAGCGUUACAUGUGGACUGGCAAUCCUCCUGCAGAGUUUCAGCCAUCAUGUCCUGGGACAAGUACCUUCAAUACCGUGCCCUGCCCCUGCCUCCUGGAGCCCACACGGAACAGAGCUUGGAAUAUGCCCAGAACUUCUCUGUGGAGGAUACAGAUGUGUUUGCUGUGACUUAUCCCAAAUCAGGUACAAUCUGGAUGCAAGAGAUCCUCCCGCUGGUGCUGAAUGAGGGGGACCUGACACCCAUCCUAACCAUCCCCAACUGGGACAGAGUUCCCUGGCUGGAGGAGAAGAGGUUACAAGAAGUGGUGGAUCAGCUGCCCUCCCCAAGAGGGCUGGUCACACAUUUUCCUUACCAGUUCAUGCCACCUUCCUUCAAAACUUCCAGUGCCAAGGUGAUCUACGUCAUGAGGAACCCCAAGGAUGUCAUUGUGUCGUCAUAUUACUACCAUCAGAUGGCGACUUUCCUUGAGGACCCUGGAACUUUGGACGAGUUUAUUGACAAAUUCCUGCAAGGCAGAGUGUUGUUUGGCAAAUGGACGAACCACUUGAAGAGCUGGAAGCGUGCAGAGUUAGGAGACCGAAUCCUUUUUAUUACAUAUGAGGAAAUGAUUCAGGAUCUUCCUGCAGCUCUACGUAGGAUUUCCGAUUUCUUGGGAAAGAACCUGAGUGACGAAGUCAUUCGGAGAAUAGCAGAUAAUUGUUCCUUCAAGUCCAUGCAGGCCAAUGCAAUGUCCAACUUCAGUUUGAUGCCCAAAGAGUACAUGGACACUGAAAAAUCUCCAUUCUUUAGGAAAGGUGUUGCCGGGGACUGGAAAAAACAUUUUACUGCAGAACAAGUGGCCCGCAUCUCCUCCACCAUUUACAAGGAGCUGGAGGGAGAGAACUUCACUUUGCCCUGGACCCUGGACGGAGCAGCAGACAAGGGAAUAUAAGAUAAAAUGUCAGCGCUGGAAAUUUAGUAGGCCAACAAUCUUCACUAGUAGGAUAUACAAUACUUGUUUUUUUACACUUGUAUUGAGUUUUGGUCAUAUUUGUGCUCUUCCUUAUUAUGUUCACCUGUGUAUUGAGUCUUUUUGUCACGGUCUUAGAGCUCCUGCCAUUUUCUUUGCAUGUGUUUUCACUGGUUUUUGCUCUUCUGUGAUUUAUAGUUUAUUACCUACUAUUUACUACCGCGGUUGUGACAACUACAGUACUUUCUUUCUUUCUUUAGUUUAUUUUGAACAUGAACACACUUACAGCAUAAUACAUCACACAAUUUCAUAUAAUUUCUCUAUACAUCGUGUCCGAAAAGGAGUAGGAAUUGCUUAUUUAAUCCUACACCUUUUCCACUUCAGAGUGUUUACAAAUACAUACGUUCAUUUACUGACUUCUUUUUGUUGCACAACGACAUUCGUGAAUGAUUAAUACAGAAUGUCUUGUAAUAGAUAAUUAAGUCAGUCAUGAUAAACAUACUGAGAUUAAGAAUAUCCCGGUAGGUCGAAGGUGUUUCUCAUAAUUCUUCUUCUUUGUACUUUGCAAGCACUAUUAAAUUUGAACAACUUCUUAAACUGGA